GAAGCCGCUCCGGCGGCCAAGACCGUGUUUGAUUUGAAACUCGUUGGAUACGACGCCAAGGCCAAGAUCAAAGUGAUCAAGGAAGUUCGGUCGAUUGCCGGAUUGGGACUGAAAGAAGCCAAAGAAUUGGUGGAAGGUGCUCCGAAAACCAUACAAAAGGAUCUCAAGCCGGAACUAGCGGAAGAACUCAAGGCCAAACUGGAAGAAAUUGGUGCCCAAGUGGAACUGGUAUAA